CUCAGGAUUCAGUCUUGGCCUUUGCCUGUUCAGCAUACCCAGCCUUAGCAAAAUCUUCACAACUAUGCGUUUCCUCAUCGCCUUCUGCCUGAUCGGUGCCGCCUGUGCCCAGUACAACUACGGAGCUGGAUUCUCCGGAGCCGCCUCCGACAAUGUGCCCAGCUUCUCCGGAAACGCAGUGGGUGGUGGUGCCGACUACGGUUCGGCCAGCAGCCCGGUGUCCGACUACUCGGCCUCCAGCGAGCUGAACAAGGAGUACUACACCUUCGAGGCCGACGAGAGCCAGUUCGAGGAUCCCCUGGCCUCCCAGAAGAUCGCCGGUUCCGUGAACAAGGGUCUGCGCGUGGUGUUCAUCAAGGGACCCGAGAACCGUGGCCUGGAGAACGCCGCCCUGGCCCUGGCCAAGCAGGCUGCAGAGCAGAGGACCGCCAUUUAUGUGCUGAACAAGCAGACCGACAUCGGAGAUCUGGCCCAGCGCUUCAAUGCCGCCCGCCAGAACGCCAACCAGCGUCCAGAGGUGCACUUCGUCAAGUACAGGACGCCCGAGGAUGCGGCCAAUGCGCAGCGUGCCAUCCAAUCGCAGUACGAUAACCUGGGCGGAUCCAGCCAGUCCAUCAACGGCGGCGUGGCCAACGCCAUCAACUUCGCCUCCGCCGCCCCCGCAGCCCCCGCCCGCCAUGGCGCCAACUACUCGCCCCCGGCCGCCGCCACCAGCAACUCCUACCUGCCCGCCAACAUCCUGCGACGCCUGCGCAUCCGUUAAGGACCUCCAAAGCCGACAGUUGUUAAAUGUUUUGUAGAAAUGUAAUUGAAUAAAAACGAAAAUCGAUAUAAACCAA